UAUAGUUUAAAAUACAGUUUUAAAUGUAUCGAAAGCGUGUCCGCUGCGUCUUACGCCGGCUCUGACAGCAGGGCUGGGAUAAAUGACAGCGCGCCGGGGAAAGUUUGUCCUGAAGCUGCGCUCUCGGUGUCUCGGACCCUCGGCUCUAAAAUGGCUGGCUGUAGGUCCGAGGAAGCUCCGGUGUUAAGGGAAGGAUCCGCUCCUCACCGCGACUGUGUGUAAAUGCACAUUUAUCCGCUGCGUCGGACGCGUUAGUGGUGGCGUUGUCCCAGGUCCGAGAACUGUCAAGGCGCACACGCACCAUAAUAAUAUUGGCAUUUCGAACCUAGGACUGUGCGUAAUGGCGUCCUCCACGGACAGUUCACCACGGCUUAUUCCCAGAAAAUAUUUAGAGCCGCAAAAUUCUUGCGGGAGCCAAACGGGAUGUAAAUAAUGUUCCGACGCGAAUUUAAAAGAAAGAUUGCAUUACUUGUGUUGCAUGUGGAUGGCAGAAGUGUAAGAUGGGAGAUGCUAUUUCGCUCGCAUCAUUCGGACCCCUCUGUACUCCGGUGCGUUUUUUUUUUGUGUGUGUGUGUGUGUAUGAUCGGCGACUCUGCUCGACCUCUCAGUUAUUAUUAUAAAUUCAGAUGUAUUCAUUUAUGAUCAUGCGAAAUAAUCAGCAAAAAUUGUCAGGACCGUCGGGUGAUGAAGAUGGGAUUCACGUGAGUCGCUCAUCCUCUCGGCCCGAGGAAUCAGGUAGAAAUAUAGAUAGGUAUGCCCCAAAAUGGAUUCUCAGUUGGCUUCAGUCCUGACCAGUGGCAGCCCGGAUGUCCAAAAUGGCAGCCAGUGUGGAGAGGGAUCAGGGCCAUUGACAGAGAAUUAUUUGGACGAAACCUCACCCAGUACUGUACCAGGUAACCUCUUGCCGUGCCCUGUCAAAGCAGCAGUGACCAUCAGACAAGAUGCUCUUUCAAUCAAUGGGAAAAAGCCAGAGGUGGGCGGGACUUCUGAGCCAGCCUCUCAGGAAACAAGCAAGAUUGGUGGGUUCAGGCAGCCAAUUACAGUGAAGACUGGAGUGCCUGUUCUGCGCAGCCAACCAAUAAGAAUCAAAAUUGUCGUGCCCCCUCGGUGCAAGAGGCCAAUCACAACCUCCGCCAUCAGCCGGACCAAAGACUUUGCUUGCUCUCACUUCAGGGGACCUGUUUUGGUCUCAUCUGGAGAAGUGAUCACAGAAAAAAAUAAAAGUAAAAUCCAUAUAUCAGCUGUUAAGGAGGAAGGCGAGAUUGUGGAAGUUAUGUAUCAAAGGACUGACGAAGAAGAUGAAGAAAAAACAAAAGCAGAAUCAUUCCAGGAGACAGAGGCGGGGAGAGAUGAUAUGGUCAAAGAGAGAGACGUUCUGGACGUUAAGAUUGUCCAUAUUGAUGGGUCAGAAACACCUUUCAUAUCCAGCAGUAAAACAGGUAGAAUACUGAGCAAAGAGACAGACCGGAAAGUCGUUUUACAAGAAUUAGACUUUAAUGUGGGAAUGGAGGAGCAGACAGAACCGCUGGACCUGAGUUUGCCCAAGAAAAGAGAAAGCCGAGAGAAGAGGCAUGGACGUUUUCUGGAUGAUUCUGGCUACGAGAGCUCGUUAAUCAUGGAGGUAGAUGAAUAUGAGGGAGAAGGAGACAGAGACAUUGUAGAAGAGGAUGAUGAUGGAGUUGAUGGCUCUGGGCGGCGUCUGGACGGCACAGACACUCUAGAAGACUCUCUGCUGUCUCCUUCUUUCUUUUCUACCUCCGUCCUUACUUCUCUCUCUUCAAUAGACUGUGACACUGAAAACCUUCUUCUCAUUGACGACCAGGGAAUCCCAUACACUCUCAGUCAAGAUGGACUCAAAGUGCCGCAGGUCAGUGCUUCCACAUCGGAGGAUCCUCAGCCAGAGACGGUUCAUUCAGCACUGGCAGAAGGGAAGGAGUCAUCUCAUUCGACCGUGUUAGCAGGCCCUAGCCUCAGCCAAAGUUUAGAUAAUGCACUAAAUGCACCUUCUGAUGAUUUUUACCCUUCACCAGCCUCUGCCAAUGACUCAUCAUCACUGGAUCAAAAAACUGCCCCAGAGGUCUUCACAAGUUUGAUUACAAACUCGGAUCCUUCAGUGGCGGCAGAGCAGAGUGUUCAGGAGGCUAAUGCUGGUUUGUUUCCUGCCUCUGGGAUAUCAGCAGCCACUCAGCCCAUUCCAGUGCUCACAAACCCUUCAACCAAUGCUCCUAUUAUCCUCCUGUCAUCCUCUCCUUCCUGCUCUCAGCUUUCCUCAGCCCCAGUUGGACUUCCUCUUUCAGUUACUCAGACGUCACCCGGUGCUUCCACUCCCGUGUUUCUUCUCCUCUCUUCUGUACCUUCUUCCUCUGGUGACUCCACUUCUACCUCCACUCCCAUCGCGGUCCUCGACCCAUCCACUGGUCAGUUGUCCCAGAUUACAGCGACCUCAGCUCCAGUCUCUAUUCCUUUGUCCACCGGUCAGAUCAGCACGCUGGGGUCACCUCUGCCCACGCUGUCUCACCCUGUCAUCAGACUGAGCCCCAAUAACGCCCCAGUCAUCCUGUCAGGCAUGAAUACUGUAAACACCGGUUCCAUGAUCACCUCUCUCGCCGUCCCAUCGUCCACUCUGGCUCUGCAGGAUGACCACAGCGACACAACCCCCCUCCCCAUCCAGACUCAGAUCAGCUACUCAGAAUCAAAUCACGGAAGUGAAGCCAUAUCUGCCGAAGAAGUCUCAAACGAAAACAAGCCAUCAAGUUUAACCGCGUCCUCUCCUCAGCCACAGUCAGCUGGUUUGACCUAUGACCCCUCAGCUCAGCCCACCUCAGAAGCAGAUGCACAAUCACCAGCGUCGGACUUGAAAUUUGACACCUCUGACCCUCACUCAGAACAUUUACCUCUGGAUGACCAUCUUUACUUCUCAAACGCAGCUGCUCCUCCCUCCCCUCCGAUUGGACCCAUCUUCCCCUCUGGUAAGCUUGACUCUCUUGACCCCCUCGACCCUCUCUCUCCAGUGGGGUCACCCAACAAUUUGGGUGCCCGACGGGUGCUCUACUGCCAGCUGUGCCCGCGGGUCUUCUUUUACCUCUCUGACCUUGAGCGCCAUGCCAUCACCCAUUCGCAGAAGAAGCCUCAUGUUUGCCAGCAGUGUGGAAAGGCCUUCAAACGCUCCAGCCAUCUGCAGAGACACAAGCACAUCCACACAGGCCAGAGGAACUUUGUGUGCCCCAUCUGUGCCAAGCGCUUCAGGGAGGCGGGCGAACUCCAGCGCCACCAACGGGUGCACACCGGAGAGAAACCCUACCAGUGCCAACUUUGCCACACGCGCUUUGCCGAGCGCAACACACUACGGCGACACACCAAACGCAAACACCCUUACCACCAAGUGGCCAUGGAAAUGCUGAACGAGAAAAGGGACAGAGGAGGCAGCCGGGGGGACGGAGGAGGAGGAGGAGGCGGCGGCGGCUCUGGAGUGCAGGAGGAAGAAGAGAGCGCCGAAUGGUACAGCUCCACUGUCUCCAAUCUGGAUAACUCAGAGUCUGAAACGGAAACUUGACGGUCCAAAGGAAAGGGUUAGGGGAGAACUGUUGGCAGACUAAUCAUAUCUAACUUUGGUUAGACUCCAAACAUCUCUCUUUAUAAAUUGACAUUCAAAGAAGGGAGCACUUGCAAUAUUUAUUUGUGUUUUAAUGGUAAUUUAUUUAUACGAAUGUACAUUUUUCCCAUUCCAUUUAAUGGGCCAAAAAAACACAGCUGUCAGUCAUGACUUUUUUUUAUUUAGCUUUCCUGUGAUAUAUAUAAAAUAUAUAAAAAAGGAAAGCCCAUGCUUGAAAUAGUGUUUUUUAUGUGAGUCCAAAAUUAGACGGCUAACAUGUCCCUGUGAAGUUGCGUUCACAUGCAAUCCAUGUUAAAACUAAAGUGCUCAGAAAAGAAUGAUAGCGUAUCUAUUCUUAAUAAGUCCCUGCUCUGGUAUAUAUAUACAAGUACUGUUUGUAAGAGCUGCACUUCUGCACUAUCUAACAUGAAAGAUAUAAUCUUUCUUACCGUCAGAGACACUGUGAGUCAUUUGCGCUUAUUUUGUUUGAACUCGAGAUUCUUUUUUUUUUUUUGACAUUGUGAAUGAAAAUGCUUCCUUUUUAUUUGGUUGCCACUGUUCAUUUUGUGUAUUUAAUUCAUAUUGUGUAAGAGUUUGACCAAAUGUUAUUCUAACACGAACACUAUAUUUAGUUUUUGUGAAUUAUUUUAACUUAUUGGAAUUAAAUUUUCACAACUAUAA